GUAGUAGGGCACCUGUACUUCAUAGUUGCUUGGACUCACUGCACUUUCAUUACACAACGCAAGGCGCCCAUCAACUGCUUCAAGGAACAAGGAAAGGACCGGCCUCGUUUAGUUCACCUAUCAAACCAAAAAGUUUUCAAGAUUCCCUAUCAAAUCGAGCCCUGAGAAAUUCUCCAUUCUCCACUGAACCCUAGCCAAAACAGAGACCGGCAGCAGAUCGCACGAAUGUACAAGUCGCGGCUGCAGGAGCUGUGCCAGAAGCGGCGAUGGGCGCCGCCGGUGUACGAGCCUACCCGCGAGGGUCCUGCCCACACGCCCCUCUUCCGCGCCACUGUCGUCGUCAAUGGCGAGAGUUUCAGCUCCCCGGAUGAAGGGGAGAGGUCAGUCAAGGAGGCGUGCAACCUCGCUGCCAUGGCCGCCUUCGAGAACCUCAGCGCGCUCCCGGCCGAGGCCCCUGCCCCUGCCCCUGCCCCUGCGCCGCCGCCGCCCGAGACCCAGCUUCGUUACAAGAAUCAGUUACAAGAAUAUGCUCAGAAGCGAGGCAAACUCCUGCCUUCGUAUCGUCCCAUUCAUGGAGGUUCUCUUCGUGCACCUCUAUUCAAGUCAGAAGUAACCAUAGAUGGUCAAACAUUUGAGAGCCCAGAGUACUGUCGCACAAUGAAGGAAGCUGAAACAGCGGCUGCAAAAGUUGCUCUGAUGUUCUUACCUCAAGAAGCAGGCCCAACACAGCAACUACCGCUUCCAUCAGUAUCCUAUAAGAAUCUUCUACAAGAAUUUGUUCAGAAAGAAGGCUUUCCCUUGCCUACCUAUGAUACAACUUUGGAUGUCUCGAACUAUUCUGCUGCCUUCAUAUCAACUGUGGAAAUUCAGGGUGCAACUUUUCGUGGAGAGCCAGGGAACACUAAAAAGCAAGCAGAGAUGAAUGCUGCGAAGAUUGCUUUUCAACAUUUCAAAGACAGGGUAAAAGACUCUGCUUGUUCUACUGUCCAUGGAGGACCACCUGUGCAACAAGGAACCAAGAACUUGCCUGCUGGACAAAAUAUCAAGGUUCUAGAACCUGGUUUUUCGGUGCUUGGUGUAUCAAUGCCAACGGCAAAUCAUGGCAAGGAUAAUGACUUUGAUGCUGUAAAUCAUGAUGCUGGAUCAGCUGGCUCUGCUAACCGACUUCCUGUUGCUGCUACAACACAGUCUCUUGAUGGAAACACUCUCUCUGCAAAGCUGGAAGUUAACAAACCACUCCUUGCAGAACCAAGCACAGAAGUUGACAAACUGCCCCUUCUAGGGCCAAGCAUGGAUAUUGAAGUAAUGGACUCAACUCUGGAAGUUGACAAACUGUCCCUUCCAGAGCAAAGCAUAGAUAUUGAAGUUCUGAAAGUUGACAAACUGCACUCUCCAGAGGCAAGCACAGAAGCUGAAGUGAUCCACUCGUCUCUGCAAGUUGAUGAACCGCUCAUUCCAGAGCCAAGCACAGAAGUAGAAGGCAUGGACUCAUCUCUAGAACACACAUCAGUUGUGAAUGGUCAGGCAGCCCUCAUAGCCCCAACCAUUACCUCUACUCUAAGCAUGUCAACAGCUACCAUGCCUGUCAGCAAUGACAGCUGCGGUUGCUAUUUGGGAACCAACAGAAUCCAAGUCUACCCUCGCCACACUGAUAUGGUUAUCCCAGAAGGUGCGACCAUGCUUCCCAUCAGCGAUAAUCAGUGGGUAGCUGUCAGCCUACCUUAUUCCAACAAUAACUAAGGUAGCAGGACUGCCAGGAAGAUUAGAGCAGACAAAAGGAGAAUUGAUGGAUGCUUUGUGACGAUUAUAUGGCUUGUGAUUCCGAGCUAAUAUAUUUCCCGUGUUGUACUAGUAAUCUAGUCUAACAAGACUGCCUUGCGCUGGAUAUCAUUAAUGCCCCUAUUGCGGAGACUUGUGACUUCCAUUGUACUCCUUAUCUAGCUGAAGCUACUUGCUUAACUAUGUGAGGAAAUCUGAGUUAUACCAGUGCCAGGUUAUAACUGAAGUAGAGAAGCUGAACUCUGGAUGACUGGAUGGACCAUCCGCAACAUUUAUCAUGAUCA